AGAGAAAUUAGAGAGAGAGAGAUUUAGAGGCUCAUUGCUCGAUCUCUAAUGACUCUAAUUGAGAGCCGGCCAAGAUAAAAUUAGCCAAUUGGCUAAAGUUCCAAAAAAGUGCCCUCUGCCGCCCCCACACCCUUCUAUUGUUUCCCCUUUAAAGCUCUACGCUCUUCAGGACUUAGUCAUCUCUCUCCCCCCCUAGCCUCUCUCUAAAACAAAUCUCUUUUCUUCUCUCUCUCUCUCUCUCUCUAAUAUCUUAAUUUGGUUAAUUAAGAGCUAGCUAAUGGCAAAGAGCAAGGGCACCAACAAUGAGAACAGCAACGGUGACAACACCGUUAACAACAAUGGCGCUAAAGUGAAGAGAAAGAGGAAGAGUGUACCAAGAGAAUCUCCUUCACAACGCAGCUCCAUUUAUAGAGGAGUCACAAGGCAUCGAUGGACGGGGCGAUAUGAGGCUCAUUUAUGGGAUAAGAAUUGUUGGAACGAAUCUCAAAACAAAAAAGGGAGACAAGUUUAUCUGGGUGCGUAUGAUGAUGAAGAAGCUGCAGCUCAUGCCUAUGACUUAGCUGCAUUGAAGUACUGGGGCCAUGACACCAUACUCAACUUCCCGUUAUCUACGUACCAAGAGGAGCUCAAGGAAAUGGAAGGGCAGUCGAAAGAAGAAUAUAUUGGGUCCUUAAGGAGGAAGAGCAGCGGAUUCUCAAGAGGAGUAUCAAAGUAUAGAGGAGUGGCAAGACAUCACCACAAUGGAAGAUGGGAAGCAAGAAUUGGUCGUGUAUUCGGCAACAAGUACCUAUACCUUGGAACAUACGGUUCAGAAAGCAGGCCGGCACGCCUACGACCAUGGCGGCAAUCGAAUUACCGCGGCCUCAAUGCAGUCACAAACUUCGAUCUUAGCCGAUACAUAAAAUGGCUCCGCCCUAACCCCGAAAACCCUAGCCCUACUCUCAACUCUAUUCCUAACGUUAACCCCGUUGACGAUCACGAUUUCACGUUCCAACCUCGACAACAACAACAACAACAACAAAACAAACAGCUGCAACUGCAUUCACAACAACAGAAUACUGCAGAUAUCCCCUCAUCACUCCCACAGCCUCGUCCGACCCCAAAUGCGUCAUCUGCCCUCGGCCUCCUCCUCCAAUCACCGAAAUUCAAGGAGAUGCUCGAGAGGACUUCGGCCAUUGGUGGGCCAUCGUCACCGCCAGAGUCAGAAAAUAGACCGUCCAGGUGCAGUUUUCCCGAUGAUAUACAGACUUACUUCGAGUGUCAUGAUGUUGGCAGCUCCGCUGACGGAGAUGAAGAUGCCAUAUUUGGAGAUCUUAACACUUUUGUGUCUCCGAUAUUUCAAUGCGAGCUUGAUGCAUGAAAGCUGCGUUAUUGCAGACGUAUCAAUAUUUCUUUCCUAUAAAGAAUUAUAUUCAUUGAUCUCUUCCUCCUCUUUGUAGGUUUUGUGAAUAGGAGGCAAUGGGGGAGAGAGAGAGAGAGAGAGAGUUGAUAUAUAUGUUUAGGACAAAGUUGCUGAUGAUUGGUUUAUUUGUUUUUCACAAAUAAUGUAGAUAGAUAUUUGUUAUGGCGAAUUCUUCAAAUGAGGAAUUAUAUAUGGGAGAUUGAUUAAUAAGUUA